AUGGAGCCCAAAGAAAACAACAACGUCCCAGCUAUGAGCGAGAAAGCCGGAACGUCGGUGACUCGGCCACCGCCACUUCUCUGCUUAGGCGCCCCCCGCACUGGAACAGCUUCACUCAUGGCCGCUCUCCAAAUUCUCGGAUAUCCAAACGUACAUCAUGGCUGGGACGUCUCUGAGUCUGAACAUCUUCAAUGGCAAUGGCCUAUCUUUAACAAAGCCUGCGACGCGACUUUUUCAAACAUCCCAACCUACAACGGCAAAUCAUUUUCGCGCGCUCAGUGGGACGAGGUCUUUGGGGGCUAUGAUGCUGUCUCGGAUGUCGCGUCGUUCUUUGCGGAAUCGUUGAUCCCUGCGUAUCCCGACGCGAAAGUCAUUCUUGUGGAACGUGAUAUCGAGAAGUGGCUCCCCAGCAUGCGCACCGUAGUCGAAGGCUCGGGGACUGCAACAAAACGAAAGAUUGGGAUUAAGGUCGGGAAACUGUCCGGGUAUACCAGCCCCGAGCCCUGCUACAAGAUGCACCAAGGCUGGUCGGGAUCUCCAUCUCCGGACGACGUAGCUGAGCAUCUCAAGUCAGCAUAUGUCCGACACAACCAGUACAUCAGGGACAAUGUUCCGGCCGAGAGGCUUCUGGAUUACAAGCUCUCAGAUGGAUGGGGGCCGCUGUGUGAAUUCCUGGGAAGGGAAGUUCCUGAUGUUCCUUUUCCGCAUCUCAACGACUCGGCGGAGUAUGCGGUUAGGGGCAAGCGGCUGGGCAACAAGAUGAUCAAGCGUGCUCUACGAAAUGUUCUAUGCCCCUGCUUUCGUUGA